UCCGAGCGUUCUUCCUCUCUGAUUGGUUGUUCGCGCCAGCCCCACGGGCUGCACGCUGAAUGGCUGCGCCACUACCUGUAUCGGCCUCUAAUUGGGCGCGUGGCGCCUCCCCGGCGUGAUAGGUCAGGACCACCGCCCCCCUUGCUCCCCAUUGGCUGCUCAGAGAAGCCCGGUCUCCGGGUAAGAUGGCAGCGGACGGACAGUGCUCGCUCCCCGCUUCAUGGCGGCCGGUGACCCUCACCCACGUCGAAUAUCCUGCAGGAGAUCUCUCUGGACACCUCCUUGCCUACCUGAGCCUCAGCCCUGUUUUUGUCAUCACUGGCUUCGUGACCCUCAUCAUAUUCAAGCGGGAGCUGCACACAAUCUCAUUCCUCGGGGGCCUGGCGGUGAACGAAGGGGUCAACUGGCUGAUCAAGAACGUCAUUCAGGAGCCUCGACCCUGUGGAGCCCCCCACACAGCAGUGGGCACCAAGUACGGGAUGCCCUCCAGCCAUUCCCAGUUCAUGUGGUUCUUCUCUGUCUAUUCCUUCCUUUUCCUGUACUUAAGAAUGCACCAAACGAAUAACGCCCGGUUCCUGGACUUGCUGUGGAGGCACGUGCUCUCGCUGGGGCUCCUCACUGCGGCCUUUCUGGUCUCCUACAGCAGGGUCUACCUGCUGUACCACACCUGGAGCCAGGUGCUCUACGGGGGCAUCGCUGGAAGCCUCAUGGCCAUCGCCUGGUUUGUCUUCACCCAGGAAGUCCUCACCCCGCUGUUCCCCAGGAUAGCAGCCUGGCCUGUCUCCGAGUUCUUCCUCAUCCGGGACACGAGCCUCAUUCCCAACGUUCUCUGGUUUGAGUACACAGUAACCCGGGCAGAAGCCAGGAACCGGCAGCGCAAGCUGGGGGCCAAGCUGCAGUGACGGCGGCCCGCGUGGCCCGCGUGGCCCGCGUGGCGCCUGCAGGGCGGACAGGAUGGCGGACGGAGGGACGAACAGAGACCUCUACUGACCCAAGUCACCAAGUGGAGCCUUUUCUUUUCUCCUUAUUUUAAUUUUAAUGGACAAGGUGGACCAAAGGGCCGAGCUAGCCCCUCGGCCAGGACCCUGGGAGGGCCUGCUGCCCGGGCCGUGGGGCCCAGACCCCGCCCCGCCGCCGCCGGCCGCUCGCUGGGCGGAGCGCGCCCCGGGCCCGGGCGCCGCGCGGGGUAGCGGAGGGGGCCGCGCCUCGGGGCUCCGGCCAGGGAUUCCAGGUGGAAAGUACACACUAUUUAUUUUGGGGCUUGGGGGGAAGGGGCUGGGAGAGCGUUUCCUGCAGUGGGGUUCAGUCAGCUCGCAGCCCCGAGCCCCGAGCCGGGCCCCCAGCCUCCCCGUGGGCCGGGAGAAGCGGAGCCGCGCGCCCUCCCCGCCCCCGUCGCCAUUCCAGAGCCUCGCCAGCCAGUGUUUCCGUGUGCGGGGAUGGCCCAGCGAGCACGCGCCUGGCGGCUGCUGCCAUCGCCCCCCCUCCCCCCGACACAAGGGCUUUCUCCGCUCCCCGCUCCCGCGUCCCGCGUGACAAAAGAGCCUGCACAUGUGGGUGCGCCGCGCCCAAGCGUUUACAGCUCCUUUUGUCUGCCGGCCAUCCAGUAGCAGCCGUCUUUAUCCCUCCUCGAACAAAUCGCAAAGGAACCCGGAGUUGGGGCUCCCCCCCCCCCCCCCCCGUGUGCUGUGACCGUGUCCUCUUUCCCGGCCGCCCCACCGGCUGGAGCCCCACACCCAGCCUGGGGAAGGGCUCUUCCGAGGGGACUGUCUGUCAGUCGCUCUGUCCCACUUGUUGGAGAUGCUUCCAGACUCGUGGAAGCUUCCAGAGGUGAAGCAGGCCCCGCUCUCCCCCGGAGGUCCGCAAUCUGCUGCUGAAGCACAAUGUCGUGGUGCUUUACUUUCUCCUUUGGUAAAGGCCGUGUCCAAAGCUGUGGCAGACAGGCAGGGCCCGGCUGGCUCUGGAGGCGGGGCGCCGCCGCACCCCCCCCCUCCCUGCGGAUGGAUGAGCCAAGAGUGCGGUGGUUUGAUUUAAGGAAACUAAAUGAAAUUGUUUACUAUUGUUUUAAAAUAAAAUAUUAAACUCUG